GUGUGGCUACGGGGAGCGUCGGGCGAGGAGGUGGUGGCGGCCGGCCGCCUUUGUCUGCCGGCCGCCAUGAAGCACCUGCCCUACUUCUGCCGCGGAGAGGUGGUGAAGGGCUUCGGCAGAGGCUCCAAGGAGCUGGGCAUCCCCACCGCUAACUUUUCUGACCAAGUAGUUGAAAGCUUUCCGUCUGAUAUCUCUACUGGUAUAUACUAUGGAUGGGCCUGUGUUGGAAAUGGAGAUGUGCAUAAAAUGGUUUUGAGCAUAGGAUGGAAUCCUUUCUAUAAGAAUAUUAAGAAAUCAGUGGAAACACACAUUAUCCAUACCUUCAAAGAAGACUUUUACGGAGAAAUUCUUAGUAUAGUCAUAAUUGGAUAUAUUCGACCGGAAAAAAACUUUGAUUCCUUAGAGGCGCUCAUUUCAGCAAUUCAAGAAGACAUUGAAGAAGCAAAAAGACAGCUAGAUUUACCAGAACAUCUUAAACUCAAAGAAGAUAACUUCUUUAAUCUGCCAGAACACAAAAUAGUGAACAACCACUGAGGAAACCCAUGCUGCUUGUAUUUUGCUCUGUUUUUUAUCUCCCUUGUCAUGAAGCUUUUAUAUUUGCACUGCUUUUGCAGGUACUCUGGUGUCAUGUGUCUGUUUAGCUAACUGAGGUUAAAACCAAUCAUGCAAGGUGACUUCAGUUUUCUUGUAUUAAUUCAUCAUUAACCCAGCCAUGCAGUAGAAGUAGAAGGCUGGUUUAGGUUCUUACAGAUAAACUGUAUCCUGAAGUUACGUGUUGUUCAGGGAUCUGGACACAUGUGGAGCAGGACCUUCUCUGACCCUAAGAUAUGGGUAGUUCACUUAACUGAAGAAUGUCUUUUUUUAACAUACAGAAUGUUAUUCCAACCUUUUUUCCCAGUUUUGUGUCAUUCUCAGAUCUAGAUCUUAGCUGUAUGUGAGAAAAUGUUGCUAUUCAUUGAGUCAGGACCUGCCUGUAGUGCAGGAAGGCAAUGAUUAGGUAACAACAGCAAGAUUUGUUCUUUAUAGUUGUUAUUUUUUAUAUGCUUACACAGCUGUCAUGGUUGAAGGUGUUCCUUUAAUUCAGAUUAUUUAUGUUAAGUUUGUUUGAAAUGGAGGAAAUUGCUGUUGCUCAUUAAGUUACUGGAAUCUGAGUUAUGUCACAUAUAAGAAACAGUAUAUAUAUUUCUAUAUAUAUGACACCACACGAUCUGCAUAGUUUACUUCUGAGGAAGUGUUUCGCUGAAAUUCAGGAAAUGGAUGACAGUAUGGAAGUUGACAAACUUUAAAGGUUCCGGCACAAAAGAUGCAGAAGCAGCAUAACAAGAUUUCUGUUCAUUGGGCAUUAAGGCAAAAGAGGUAAUGGAAGACAACUUAGCAUUUUAUGUGCUGCUGGCAUUUAUCAUAGGAAAAUGGGGAGAACCUUGGGGUUGUUCACUACACUGGCAACAAAAUGGCUGACUUGAAGAUUGGUGUUACUGUAAGGCACAGAAAAACCUCAUUGACUCCCUGCACCACAUGCAGGUAAGAGCUAGGGCUUUGGCCAAAUGAAAUCCUUUGCAGAUUAACGUAGCAACACUAUAGUGGGUAUUGGUUAUUUAUUACAAGUAAGUGCAGCCAGGACUACUCUAAAAUGUAGGGAAAUAAAUGGAGGGGAUAUUGUUAGAACUGAUAAAUUAAAUAAUUCCUAUAGUAUGUGUGAUUCCACAUCUACUUUUUUUUUUCUCUUAAAUUUUUUCUGUCUCCUACUCAGUGAGUGGAACUAGGUAAGCUGCAAUGACUUUGUCAUGUUUGUCAUCUUUUGAUGUUGGCUUGUGAUGUGGCUGGGAACAUUUUCUGUGGGUAUGUCUCAACUGUAGCUCUGUGUCUGAAUUACCAUGCAUAAUUUGGAACGCACAAUUUCUGUAGUGCAAUUUUAUGAAUUUAGUCCUUGUCCUAUCCUAUUCAAAUCCUGCUUUUCACUCUAGGGUUUAAGGGAAUUUUAACAAGGUAGUUUGGGUCUUUGUGGCAAGUGCUAUCAAGAUGUUAGUUCCACUUCGUAUUAACUGUCAGGCAGUAUCAUCAGACGUUAUUAGGAAGGAGGUCUUGAGCAAAUCAAGGAUUUAUGUUUGCUCUUUAGGACUUCAGGAGAAACUUGAUUUAAUUUAAAUGAAUUGUUUGCCAGUGCUGUUGAUAGCAGGAGACACAAGACAGAAUUGAGGGGCUGGGGAGGGGAAGGGCAGGGCAGUUUUCAGCAUUUAGAUAUACUUUUCUUUUAAAAGAGAACAAACUAAUUGAGUGAACUUUUGCUAUAUAACGUGUUGGAAACUACUUCUAAAAAGUCUGUAAAAGCAUUGUCUUGCAGGACUGACAGUUGGAUUUUUUUGCAUUGGGGGAUGAAGGGGGAAUUUUUUUUUUUUUUCAAAGAUUUGAGGCAUUCUUGGGAUUGCAGUAAUGUCAAAAUCUUAUAUUUUACUAUUUUUUUUUAAGAAUAAACGCUACACUUGUCAACUGAAUAUAUUGUCAAGAAUAUAUUUGAAGAAUAGAUUGUUGUUCUUCAUAGUACUGUAGCUAAACACUCAGCCACCUAUAAAAUUUUUUGCCAGUAAUUUCAUGUGUCUGUUGUGGAAGCCAUGGUGCCUUAAGCUGGUUGUCUGAGUAAUGCUUUUCUGCAUCUGCUAGUAAAUGCUACUAUCAGAAAUUCAAUUCACUGUUUGGCUAUAGAACCACUGUGCAAUAGAGGACAGUGGCAAAAGGAAAACUUGGAAAAAACUCUUAAGUUUGCUCUCAAAUCUUAGCUGAGGUGUGAUGUAUGGAUACACUGAACUAAUAAACUGCUCUUCAUUUGUUUGUCUUCAAAUUGGAGAAAAUUGCUGAGCGUACCUGUCCACAUUAUUUAAGAGAAAAUGUCAUGUAUUGAUUCUUAAAGCUCAAUGCCUAAUUCCUAGCACAAUAUAAACUUUAUGAAGGGUUAUAUUUUUGUAUUACUUACAAAUAACUGUAUUUAUUCCAGUUGAUGUGGCUGCACUGUACCAUUAAUAAAGGAAUUGUAAUGGACAAAGUUA